AUCGUGCCAUUGCACUCCAGCCUGGGUGACAGGCUGUCCAAAAAGAAAAGAAAAAAUAAAAGAAGCAACCAAACAUGCAUGGCUUGCAUCUGACAUCUCUUUCUGCUGGAGCUUGGAAUGCAUGAUUUGCCCUGGCUUCCCUAACAAAAACACCCUUUUAUUUGUGUGUGUGCCAUUCUCCGCUAUAUUUUCUGGCCCCUUCCAGCUAAGAUCCACAAAGAGAUUAACCAGGUGAUUGUACCACACCGGCUUCCAAGUGUGGAUAACCGGGUCAAGAUGCCCUACACAGAUGCCGUCAUCCAUAAUACAGAGAUACAGAGACUGGUAGACAUCGUGCCCAUGGGUGUCCCCCACAACGUCAUCCGGGACACUCAAUUUCGAGGCUACCUUCUGCCCGAGGGCACAGACGUAUUUCCCCUGCUUGGCUCUGUCCUCAAAGACCCCAAAUACUUCUGCUACCCAGAAGCCUUCUAUCCCCAGCACUUUCCGGAUGAGCUGGGCCGCUUCAAGAAGAAUGAAGCGUUUGUGCCUUUUUCCUCUGGAAAGCGCAUCUGCCUGGGCGAGGCCAUGGCCCGCAUGGAACUCUUUCUCUACUUCACCUCCAUCCUGCAGAACUUCUCUCCACGCUCGCUGGUGCCGCCUGCGGACAUCGAUGUCACCCCCAAGCUCUCAGGCUUUGGUAAUCCCCCUGACUAUGAACUCUGCCUCGUGGCCGCUGAGCGCCACCUGUGGGGCAAGGAGGAAGCGGUGAAGAAUGCAGCUCCACCAAUGACACGGAGUUCUGGAGACUGGGAGUCCAAGAUCGAGGAGCUGGUAGGUUUGGUGCCUGGUGAGGAUCAGGUUUCUACUUUCAAGAUAGCAUCGUGUUGUUGGAUCCUCCAGAGGGGAGAAACCUUGUGUCCUCACAUGGGUGGAAGGCAGAAGACCAAGAGAGGUGAAGUUCAUCCAUCAGGCCCUUUUGUAGGGUACCUAAUCCCAUUCAUGAUGGUGGAACCCUCCUGACCCAAUCACCUGUCAUAGGCCACACAUCCCAAUAUUGUUGUAUUGAGGAUUACAUUCCAACAUGGAUAAAAACAUUCAAACCAUAACAAUAUCUAUUCAGUACUUUUUCUGAACCACUUAGGGUAAAUUACAUACAACAUAGCUUUUACCUGUAAAUACUUUGGAGUGUAUUUCCUAAGAAUAGGGACAUUUUCUGAUAUAACUGCAGCUAUAUAUAUAUAUUUAUCAGCUAUAGUAAAUUUAACGCUGAUGAUGCAAUACUUUCAUCCCUAAGGUUUAUACUCCAACUGUUGGUUUGAGAAGUAGUUUGACAACUUUGAAAUGAAAUGGCAGUUUCUUUGUUGCCUGAGUGACGCCACGCUUAAGACUCACUCAUGGUUGGGCGUGGUGGCUUAUGCCUGUAAUCCCAGCACUUUGGGAGGCUGAGGCAGGAGGACUGCUUGAGGCCA